AUGUCUCGGAGGCGCUCGGCCCGCGAGCCUAGCAUUAGCUUCCACAUGAAUACACGAAGUCGGGCUCAAAAGACCUCAAUCCACACGACCUCUUCUUCUGAGGAACCAUUCUCAUCUACAUCUUCGACUACGUUGGCUGCCUCAUCGGAACCAUCGGUGACCCCCUCAGCGACGCCGCCAUCAGACCAGAAAACUCUUAAACGAAAACUCUCCGAAACUGAUUUGAAUGCUGAUGGAGGCUCUCCUGAAGCCAAACGGCCAGCACAAGAGUCAAAUGAAAUGCCCCCUCCAGCUUCUGCAGUACCUCUGGAAGUGCCAAUCACCACCGCGACAAACUUAGAAGCCACCCCUGUGGACCCAGAUAUCUCCAACACAGAAGUCGCGGUGAGGAAACACCAAACGUCCAAUAGCGAGGAAUCUGACUCACGCUCUCCUAAACGGGCUGCAAAUGCUAGCGGUCGCGGCCGCAAAGGCAUUCACCGACAUGGUCCGGGGAAUCGGAGAGGGAAGCACAAGGGUAGGAGAGGACGGGGUGGCGACAGUCCAGAGCCACCGAAUCGGAAGCGUCCACUAACCCAGGAUGAACGUGUCGAAAUCUCCAUGCUCAAAGCAAGACAGCAUGAGCUGAAGAAGUUCUUCUCUGCCGUGGGGGCCCAGCAAGUGGACAUUCUCGACCAGCUUGCUUCUCGGGAUCUUUCAAAGCUCGCACGAAAACCAAAGGCUCAUCAGAAAGUUCCAGAAUACGAGACCGUCAUAGACGGUCUUAAUUCAACGAUGGAGGACAUUCAAGACUUGAUGAGGACACGCAAAAGAGUGCAAUUGGAACAGGAGAUGCAGCGAUUGGACCUGGAGAAGGAGGUCAUUGAGCAACAAUUCAAGGCACGGGUUAAAAAGGCACAUGAAGAGCAUCUGAAGGGUGCCGAAGGAGACAUCAUUCUCUUCGAACGAGCCUAUCGUGAGGACCACGACGAAACCCACACCGAAACUGGGUCCGAGUUCGGUGAUUAUCUCCGCUACCAUGAGCUUCCGGAGCCUGAUACACAUCCUCGUGGCUACGUCUCAGAAAGAGUGAUGGACGAGAAGCCGUUCAAGCUACAACUUGCCACAUACGAUGAACGGGCAAGACAGCAAGUUCUCGAUGAAGAUAUCAUCGCCCCUCUACUGCGCGAAAUGGAGGAAAGAGACCGCGAGAAUCGGGAGCAGGAGGAACUCUUCAAAUCGCAGAAACUGAGCGCUCUGACACAUGAAGCUCUCAAGGAGCUUGACCGGUUGACCGAGCGCGAACUAUUGACACAAGUCCGCGUCGACUCAGACACCAGUGGCUCCUUCAAGCUGUCUACGCUUGCGGACGUGGCAAUAUGGAGAAGACCAACUCAAAUCAGUCACAGGCCACCACCAUUCAGCGUGGCGCCCAAUGACGCCUUCCCUAGGCCCUAUUCACCUCGCCCCGAUCCUUUGCCGCCGGUCGCCAGGCCGGUCCCACCUCCAAACUCAUUCAAGCAUAUCCUCAACUUCGACAUCCCCAGCCCCAUGACAAACCGGGGUCCGUCGCAAGCGAGUGAAUCAACCGACAGGAGUUCGCCUCGGAUCUCUUCCAACGGACCAGGUCAGCAUAUUGCUCCGGCUCCCCCCCGGGCGGCUCCUCGGUUUCAGGUGUUCAGACACACUCCCAAUGGACGCACUGGGUUUUCGAGCGCUGGACAGGGGGUGGGUGGCGGCCCGCAGCAAUACAUCUUCCAACCUCCACAACAGCCGGUGCAGUACCAUCCCGCGCCAGGACGGACACCGCCACCUGCCCAGUCCGGCAAUGGCUUGUCUGGCUCUCGUGCCGACCGACCAGGGCGAUCUGGAAGAACUUUCGUCAAUCAAACCAUCGAGACACUCAACCCUGGAUCGAGUGGAAAAGACGGAAAUCCUCAUCCAAAGGGUGGGCAGAGAAUCCUCCUUCCGAAAAUGUGA